AUGGUGCGCCGGAGAGUCGCAGUUACCGUGCUGAGCUUGGAGCUGUUCUGCUGGGCGGCUGGUCUGCUGAUGGAGGGAGGGCACUGGACGCAAUCCAUGUCUCCUCCUAGGGGACGAGCGGUGCAGGGGUCUUUGAUGAUCUGGACGAGAAAUAGGGUUGGGGGCCGCGAGAUUGCGAGUGCGACGGCGAAUGGAUUUAGCGACGGCGACGCAGACGGCGACCUGGCCGGAACCAGGCGAACAGGGGGCGGCCACGCUGCAGAUGGGAGGGCUGGGGACGGGGUACCUGCACGGUACUGUCGCUCUGUAGGGGUCGCUAGGGGUCGCUUGCUGAGGCUGUUGCGGUGUCAUGCGCUGGAGGAGCGUCGCAGCGCACUGUAUCUUCUGGUGGACACCCUGCCAGGAACUGCGUCGCAGCCAGUGAAACUUGGUGCCCCACGGUACCUGCAGCCUACCCACAGGUACCUCCUUCGUACUGGAGCCGCCACUUCCCCAGCCCAGCCAGUGGCAGCGCCUCCAACUCAGUGGCCGCACUAG